AUGAAAGUGUCUCAGAUAUUUAUGCAAGAAUUUAGUUUGCUGAACUUCGAUUCGGACAUCGCUCUCAUGAAACUAAGCGUUCCGGCGACUCUCACCUCACAAGUACAGUUAGUUUGUCUCCCGACCCGGUUCGACGACUCGAAGCUCGAGAACGGAACGAGAGGAUGGGUGGCUGGCUGGGGUCUGAAUAGCUUUGAUCAGCGAGACUCUACGUUAACCCAAGUGGAACUCCCGGUGAUAUUAAACAAAGAUUGCAGUCGGGAAAUAAUCAGUGCGACUGGAGACCGCUCAGUGACACUCAACUCGAACAUGUUCUGUGCCGGGCAUGAUAAGGGCACUACUGCAGAAGUUCAAGCCGGAGAACCUCGGUUGCUUCGCAACCGAGAUCCGCAGAUGCUUUUUGGCUGGUGCGAUUCUGGCCGCUAG